CAGCCUUUUAUUAUUGUUUUCUAAUCCUUUUGCUGCUCUUCACGGCUGGCUAAAAUAUCUGACUCUCACGCCGCCACUUCCGUUUAUUUUUCACUCAAUUCUUCUUCCUCUUGUUUCACCAUCUGUGCUUGAAGUUAAAAAGCGCACGUCCUCAAAGGCAAAGCACAAGCGCGCACUAGUUGCCACGGGCCAGUGACGCACGGACGCGCAGCUGCCCCGAGGAACCGCAAGUGCAUAGCGGCACACACUUUGCCAAGCGUCCCACCCGACACUGUCCGCUGCGGGACAUGGGGCAAAUACUGCGAGUGAGCGCACAACGGACUAGCUUUUAUGAAGGAAGGCGCUGGAGGAUGGCAAUAUCUACACCGAACGUUUUUGCAGUGCACUGACGCCAUAGGAAAGGGAAAUAGGCAUGGAGCCAUAGCUGAUCACUCUGGGUCUCUCUCCACCACUGCUUAGUUUGACUGUCCCAUUUACUUCAUGUUCUGGCCUUCAUCAUGGUGUACGGGCAGGUCCUGCACCACCAAGGUCCCGAGGAGAGCUUCAUCAACCUCAACGUUGGUGGCUUUAAGCAGCGCGUGGAACGCAUCAUCCUCCAGCGUUUCCCCAACACACGGCUGGCACAGUUACUUUACUGCAGCUCAGAGGCUGCUAUUCUCCAGCUUUGUGAUGACUAUGGCGCAGCCGACCGUGAAUAUUAUUUCGACCGCAACCCAGGAUUUUUUCGCUAUGUGCUGAAUUUUUACCAUACUGGUAAGAUCCACCUCAUGGAAGAGUUGUGUGUGUUUAGUUUUAGUCAGGAAUUGGAAUAUUGGGGCAUUAAAGAGCUUCACCUUGAUGCUUGUUGCAGCAACAAAUUUCUAGAACAGAAAGAGUAUGCAGGAGAGCGCGAUUGGGGAAAUGAUGACGACCCACAGAACCAGCUGCAGGACAGCUUGGACUCAUCCAUGGAGGAGCUUUCUGCAUUUGAUAAAGACCUGGAGAAGUUCGAGGGCACCUGGUGCUCUGAGAAGCGCAAGCAACUCUGGCUACGACUGGAGAAUCCUGGAUAUUCCUGCUCUGCGAAAAUUACAGCUGUGUUUUCUCUGAGUGUGGUGCUAAUGAGUAUUGUAGCCAUGUGUGUUCAUAGCAUGCCUGAGUUCCACCAGGUGGAUGCCAAUGAUAAGGAGGUGGAGGACCCUGUGUUUGCUGUGUUUGAGACCUUUUGUGUCCUCUGGUUCUCCAUUGAAUUUAUCCUACGGCUAGCUGUCACACCAUGUUUGCGCAAAUUCCUGUGCAAUGCAUUAAACAUCAUUGACUUUGCGUCCAUUGUUCCAUUUUAUGCAACGCUGGCAUUCGAAACAGUCGAUGCUGAAGAAAGUGAGGAGCUUGAGAACGUUGGGAGGGUCGUGCAGAUCUUGCGUCUCAUGCGGAUCUUUCGCAUCCUCAAACUGGCACGGCAUUCGGUCGGGUUGCGUUCACUUGGGGCGACUCUUCGUCACAGCUACCAUGAGGUUGGACUCCUCCUCCUCUUCCUCUCCGUUGGUAUCUCCAUUUUCUCUGUGCUCAUCUAUUUUGCGGAAAGAGAGGACGAUGAGUCUAAACUGCAGACCAUACCGGUGGGCUGGUGGUGGGCGACGAUCAGCAUGACCACGGUGGGAUACGGCGACACGUAUCCUGUCACGCUGGCUGGGAAACUCGUCGCCACCUUGUGCAUCAUUUGUGGCCUGCUUGUGGUUGCUCUUCCUAUCAGCAUCAUCUUCAAUAAGUUCUCCAAGUAUUACCAGAGACAGAAAGCCCUAGUGGAGGCUGACCAGCUCCAACAAGAUGAUGAAAAACAUCUAGAUCUCAGCAUGCUGGGAGGUCUCCCAUUUAUUCACAUGAGUGACAUCUACACCCAAAAGAUGAAUUCUCUGGUGCGCAGUGUGUCCUCUAAGAGUAGCGUUGGAAGUGAGGGAGACAACACUGAUGCUUCAAGCAUUCAGGAUGUAGAAGUUUUCUGCCCUUCUGGGAUGCCAGAGGCAGACAAAGCAACAUAAAAAUAAACACAUACAUGCACGCAUAACCUCAGAUGAAUGGGGAGAGAAGAAAUUAGAAGAAACCUACAGUCACAUGAAAUGUGCAGGACACAAACACUUCCUCAGUCAGAUCUGCAGCACAUGGCGAGGAAAGACUAGAGAACCGUAAGUUCUCUCGCAGCUCUGUUUCUUCCUGAGUAGGUCCUGAACCUUUAAUAAGGACCAUGGAAAAAUCAACAGCACUUUUUCUCUUUAUUUCUCAGGGUUAAAAAUUUCUUAUGCUUUCCAUUAUUUAUGGAUCAGAACCUGUUACAGACGUUAACUAACAAAGGGCCAGUGCUAGCACUAACGUUGAUGCUGUCUACCCAAUUAAUUGUCAUCACUGAUUGACAGGUGUUUUUUUUUAUUUUUUAUAUCAUUUGGACAAGCUGUUCAUUUAAUUAAAAGCAUUUCUGUAGUACUUGUGGGAGAAAAGCUAUACUUAAAUGUUUUAUAAACAAUGACAGCAUUUGAAAUGCUGGACUUAAGAUGGCAUGUUGGUGUACACCAUCCUCCCUAAUGUGUCCAUCAGAGGGAUGGAAGGAAUGUGUGCAUGCAUAUUUCAACGCGAGAAAGGAGAGGCCACAAGAGAAAGGAUGAGAGAAGAAAGCAGGUGAAUAGAUGUUACAGUUGCAUAAAGUGUUGAUGUACAGCAUCAGAAUCUUGGCUCUUGGUUUUGAAAUCACUGCAUUUAGUCCAUAGAGAGAUGAUGGAACUUUAUUUUAAACAACAGCUUUUUGGAAAUGAAAGGUCAUUUCUAAUUUUCUCUUAUAUCUGGGAAUAAUGUGCAGCCAUGCAAUGCAAAAAUAUCAGUUUCUUAAUCAGUAUUUAUUUUUCUAGUAAAAUAUCUUAACAUCCUUAAAACAAGAUUACUUGAGAAGCAAAAUUGUGUGAGAUAUUAAAGGAAUGUUCUGGGUUCAAUACAAGUUAAGCACAGUCGAAAGCAUUUGUGGCAUAAUGCUGAUUACCACAAAAAUGAAUUUCGACUCGUUCCUCCUUUAAAAAAAGAAGAAGCAAAAAUCUAGGUUCCAGUGAGGCACUUACAAUGGAAGUGAAAGGGGUCAAUUUGUUAACGUUAAAAUACUCACUUCAUAAGUAUAACCACAAGACAUAAAAUAUAUGCGUGUAAACUUGAUUUUAGUGUGAUAAAAUCACUUACAAACCUUUUCUGUGUAAAGUUAAAGCCAAUUUUACAACUUUGUUACCAUGACGAUGUAAUGUCAACAUACCCUAAAACGACUGUAAAUAUGACAAUUUAAACAACUUUACAGCUCAAAUAAUACACAAGUGUUAACAGAAGUAUUAAUGUAAGUGCUUUAUAAAAUUACAAGUUUCACAUUUCUGUUUAAACCCCCCAAAAUUGACUAUGUUCACUUUCAUUGUUCCCAUACACUUCCAUAAGUGCCUCACUGUAACCCAGAUUUUUGCUUUUUUUUAAAGAAAAGGAGGAACAAGUUGAAAUAAUUUUUAUGUGGUAAUCGGAAUCAUGCCACAAAUGCUGUCGAUUUAGCUUAACUUGUAUUGAACCUAGAACAUUCCUUUAAGACUUGUUCUCAGUACAUAUGAUCUUGAAUACAUUAUAUUUUUCUUUCCCCUUUGGCAAAUAAUUUUAUAUAUAUAUUAUAUUCUUUUAUAUUUGUUUAUAUUUAUAUUGUUUUUAUUUUAUUUUUUAUAUUUAAGCUUAAACCUUACAAAAUGUUGUUAGGUUAAUGCUUAAAACAAGAAAAACCAAUGGGUUAAAAAAACGUAAUUCAAGAUAUAUAAAGUCUUAAAAUCUCACAAUUUUGCUUCUCAAUUAAAUGUAUCUUGUUGUAAUCGUGUUUAGAUAUUUUUACUGGACAACAAGACAAAAAUACUGAUUAGAGAAAUGAUUUCUGCAUUGUGCACUGCGAAAACUCCUUUUCUUAUUCAACAUUUUUCUCUUAUUUUACAGUAAAAAUAUCUAAACAUUCUUAAAACAAGAUAAAUUUACUUGAGCGAAAAAAUAUGAGAUAUUAAGUCUUUUUCAAAUAAAUUAACAAAAUUAAGUAAGGUUAAUACUGAAGACAGGAAAAAAUUUGCCAAUUGGGUAGGAAAAAUGGAAAAACAAGUAUAUUGGUAUCACUUUACAAUAAGGUUAAUUUUGUUAACAUUUGUUGACAACAGAAGUUAACAUGAACUAACAAUGGACAAUACUUCUACAGCAUUUCUUAAUCUUAGUUAAUGUUAAAUUCAACAUACUAAUACAUUUUUUAAAUCAAAAGUUGUGUUUAUUAACAUUAGUUAAUGUAUUAUGAAAUAACAAACUAACAAUGAACAGUUGUAUUUAUUUUUUUAUUAACUAACAUUAACAAAGACAAAUAAAUGCUGUAAACAAUAUAUUGUUAAUUGUUCAUGAUACCUAAUAUAUUAAUCUAAUGUUAUCGAAUGGAACCUUAUUGUACACUGUUACCUAGGCCUAGUAUUUUCUUGUUUUAAGUCAAUUCUAAAUUCUGUUUGAUUUUAUUGUGAAAAUAUUACCAAAUAUCUUGUUAUUUUGCCUUUCAAGUAAAUUGUCUUAUUUUAAGGUUGUUCAGAUAUGUUUACUGGAAAACAAGAAAAAAAUACUAGUUAUUAAAUGGAUAGCUCAGACUCUGAAUUCUGAUUGGAUGAGCCACAUUCAAAGGCAUUUUAAAAUGACAAUAAAUGCACAUCUAGUAUAGCACAUUCUGUAUUAAUGCGCUAUAUACUGUAUGUUACUAUAUUAUUUUGCAGAAGAAUUGUUUAAAGGAUUAAUUAAUAGAUUAAUAAAACACUGAACUGCUUAAUAAAAAAAUGGUAUCUUUCAUGAUAUCUGUUGCUGCCGUUGCAUAAAAGCAAACCCCAAAGAGUCCUUGUGCUACAGUGAUUUUAGCAUGGGUAAGGGUGUUUUAGUCACUCCUCCUUUGGUUCAUGUGAAAGAAAAGGAUUUUUGCAGUGUGUACAUCAUCAAAAAUCUCUUGAACAUGAAUAAAUGAACAUAAAAUUCACACUUAUCCUGUUUCUUUUGCCUGGAGGGGAACCCAUUCUCUCUCCAUCUUGCUCUCUCUCUUCCAGAGUGACUUAUGUCAGUAUGCUGUAUUAGCAGCAGGGAGAGAGGUCCAAAUAUAAGGGCUGCCUGCCAUGGGGGAUGUAUUACUGCUGAAACGGCAGCCGUUUGGCAAGUGGCUUUAACUUGGAUAGAUUGGUCUGUGUUUGAGAUGUGCCCAUUGAUCAAUGUGUCAUGCUUGUGUGCUCAAGUGCUUAAGGUCGGACCUGAAUCCCUCAUGAGUUACUUGAAUGGUGCAGUUGACCCAUUUCAGCUCCAGCAAACUCUGAGACUAAAGUUUCAAGGAGAACAUGACUGAAUAGAAAAAUGCUGGUGACACUGCCAAAGGUUCUAUAUGAUAACAUUUUGCAGUUAACAUGAACUAACAAAGAACAAUACUUUUAAAGCAUUUAUUAUAUCUUGAUUAAUGUUAAUGUCUACAUAUUCUAAUAUAUUUUUAAUUGAUUAUGAACUUGACAUGAACUUACAAUGAAUAACAGUAUAUACAGUAUAAAUUAAUUUUAACCAAGAUAGUAAGUGCUGUAAACAUUAUUGUUCAUUGUUAGUUGGUAACUAUAAUGCAUUAUAUAACUAAUGUUAAAGGAAUGUUCCGGUUUUAGUCCAAGUUAAGCUCAGUUAACAGCAUUUGUUGCAUAUUGUUGAUUUCCACAAAAAAAUUUUUGAUAUCCUUCGUUUGUUUAAAAAAACAAACAUUGCAGUUACAGUGAGGCACUUACAAUGGAAGUGAAUGAGGUCAGUCCAUAAACGCUAAAAUACACAUAGUUUCAAAAGCCACUAGAUGUUACAUUAUAUGUGUUACCAUGACCAUGUGUAAAGUAAGCUUUUUUUUUUUUUUUUUUUUUUUUUUAAGAUACAAGGAAUGAGUCUAAAUGAUUUUUUUGUGGUAAUCAAUAUUAUGCCAUAAAAUGCUGUUGAUUGAGCUUAACUUUACUUUCUAUCCUUGAACAUGCCUUUAUCAUACAGAACCUUAUUGUAAAGUGUUCCGAAAAUGUUCUUCCUUUUGUUUUACAAAUGCUUAUACUAGGACCUUUCAGUCUUGACAGUGAUUAUGCAAUCAGAGUGAUUGAAAAUAAUACAGAGAGAGAAAGCUGGUUAUUAUUUGUUAGUGUAUAAAAGGAAAUAUUUUAAAGAAAUAGUUUCCUAUUAGAGAUUGAUUACUGUAUGUGCCAUGUACUGUGGCAGAACGGCUCCUCUCCCUGCUCUUAGAUAGAAAUAUGAGGCAGCCACAAAAAGUUACAUUUCUCAUACAAACCAUAUGUUUGUAUAGCUCAUACAAAUAUGAGCAUGGUGCAUACAAAAAUAUAUUUACAAUCACAGCAUUGUUCCACUGACAUCAUCGCCAUUUCAAUCUGUUAUGAGCUGGUUGUCAAGGAUGUUGGUUUUUAACCCAUGGGAGGGCAGAACCCACAAACGUGUGGGUUCCCAUUUCACUAUGAGCAAGGCACUUAAUCUCAUGAUGCUCCAGGACAGUAUGUAGGCUACUUUGUACUUUGAGUUGCUUAUGGGGAUGUUUCUUUGGAUAAAACCAUCUGCCAUGUGGCACAACCUAUUCAACAUCAGAGUUUGACAGUUAACAAGGGCCACAAACAUAUGCAUAUGCACAUAAGCACAGCAUAUGUUGUUGACAAGAAUAUUCACUUAGUGGUUGUCAGUUCCAGCAGAGCAGACUAUAAAAUGAGAUCUGAAAGAGCUGAAUUUUCCUAAUUUGAUUUCAGGUAAAAUAAACUAGCUUAAGAAUUGCAAACAUUUUCAAACAGAUUUCACUCCUGUCUUCCAUUGGUUGGAUAAAACAGAUAGUUCAGCCCCAAAUUAACGCCACUGGUUAAACCAAUGUUGCAAAUGCAGGUUGGUCAGGAUGCUCAAACAAACAGACCAAUGACAUUUUACACAUGGCUUUCUUAUAGUUGUGUCUGCACAUUAAGCUGGGAUAGGAGAAAGUAAUAAAAACACACACAUUUCCUCUUUACAAUCUACAAAUGUACACUUAAACUGCUUUUUAACAAAAGAUUAGGUUCAGCAUGAAAAUAUUUUUACUGCUUGUUCAAUUUACUUAAAGCUGAAGUAUGUAAUAUCUGUGCCACUAGCGCCACCGAAUGGAAUUUAAAAAAUAAACAAGUGUUUUCAAAACAGCUUUCUGAAUAUGCCCCUCAUCUGCAGUUCAAACAGUCAGAUAGUCUUGCCCCCAACUCACAGCAUUGGUUGAGUAAUGUUGUUGGGGCAGGUCUAAGUGGGUCGCUCAAAACAAACACAGCCAUUUUUAUAGUGCCACAGAAACACUGUGUUUACAUUUGACAGGAACAUUAACAAAUGACUGGCUAACUUAUAGAUGUCUCUGCAUAUUAAGCUGGGAUAGAAGAAAGUAUUUUAACUAGAGCUGUCGGAAUUAACGCGUUAAUUGCAUGUGAUUCAUUAAAAAAGUUAAUGUGUACAUUUUUCUUAAUCGCGUAUAACGUAUUUACCAUUAAUACAACAUAAACCAGCAUAAACACUUAUUGGGAGGGUGGACCUUUGUAAUGUGUCUGCCCAGAGUCAUUACACUGACACACCACACCACAACAGCUCUUCCCUGUCAGUGAUAAAAUGACGGAGAAAGGAGCUCUUGGCGCUAUUUGAUGUACGAAACAAGCCCAGAUGGGACUUGUGAUAGAAAUCAAGUAUUUUCAGCCCAUGUAAGGUGCAUUUUAAUCACCACUGAAGCACGCCAAGUCUUAACCAUCACUCUGCUUUCCCAUAGAGUUCAAAGUGGCGCUGGACGCUGGCGUUAAUGCUGUGAUGCGAAUCAUGAACACAGCUUCACGAUUGCUGUAGGAAAGCGGAUAGCCACAGUCUAUUGCCAGAUUAAUAUUGUGGAGAAUGAGAGUUUAAAAGAUUUAAUGCCCAUUUCAAUGAAUACUAAACCUAUGGGGACUAAAUCCAUCUUUACACAGCAAAGGUGGCACAGAAGCUGCAUCUGAAGUUACAAUUAGGUGUAUUUUUCAUAAUUUUUCAAUUAGCAGGAAUAAAUGCAUUUACACAGCAGUUACAAAUGCAUAAAUAAUGUUAUGAGAUGAAUAUUUUAAAUAUAAAAUUAUGAAUAUAGAAAUAUUAAAUGAAUGAAAUUGAAAUUUGAAUGAAUUUUUAACCUGUGGGGACUAAUUAUUUCAAUAAUUCAGCCUCCCAAUUAGACUUUGGGAAAUGUUUAAUGCUACUUGAAUUGGUAAUGCAUUUCUAUCUGUGGAAGGCUUUGUUUGGAAAAUGUUAAUAAAGCAUUAUAUUGCUACAUAUUGUUUUGUUUUCUUUCCUAAGAAGGAAAUAAAUGCAUUUUGACAGGAAAAUAAUAUAUAUGGUGUCAAAUUUAAGCAUUUUCAAAAUCUGCGAUUAAUCACAAGUAAAAAAGAAAAGAAAAAUGUUAUUAAUCGCGAUUACAAUUUUUAAUCAACUGACAGCAUUCAUUUUAACACUUAAAAAGUUACAUACUUCAGCUUUAAAUAAAAUGAACUAAAGCAAUACAAUAUACAAUUUUGUCUGAACUUGAUUUCGUUGCUUUCUAUCAAUUUAAAUUUGUAAAAUGGAAGUUUACUUAAUCCAUUUGAGUUGGGACUAUAUGAAUACUUUUUGUGGUGUUAAUUUAGCAUUGAUGAAACUCGGCAGGGGAUUUCCAUAUCCCAGCAUGCUUUACAUGGGACACGAUAGGGAGAGUAAAUGUUAAAAUUUAAUGUUAAUUUAUGUGUUUUUGUGCAAGAUAAAUAUAAAGAGGGAUAAUUGUUAGUGUUUAAAGUUUUGUUAUGUUGAGAUUUAGAAAAGUUUCUGUUAUGUUGUAGAUUUGGGGGUUACCAUUAUGGUAAAGAGUAGAGCUUGAGCUGACGAUGAGGACAUGAAAUUAAUUGCUUGAUUUGUUGAGUAAAUGCUGUGCUAAACAUAGCAUAGUUAUUAAAGUUCUCUUGGUUGUGCUUCCCACCAGCAAUGUAUUUAGCAUGCUAACAUUCACUUUUACUAAAUAGUACAUAAAGAAAUGAAAGAGAUUUAUUUACAUUGACACAUAGAAUUUAGUUGGGUUUACCCAAUUCAACUAGGUUCUUUCUACACAAAGUGUUUGUGUUGAGAUUACAUAGUAAUUUUAAGUUAAGAAAACUCAUUUCAAACACGUGGAACUACUGUCCACGACUGAAUCAAGUUCAGCCAAAGAGCUAUUUUUUUGAGUGUGUGUCAUUUUAAUGGACUGUGAAUCAAAAUAGAUUUUUACAUUUUCUGAGGAAAAUGUGAGUGGUGCUUGUGCAACUUACCACCACGACAUUAGGGUGGUGUGGAUGGUUGCUAGGAGGUUGUCAUGAUAUUCUGAUCCCUAGAUAUUGCUUGGGUCUUUCCUUCAUUUCCUUCAUGGAAUUCUAAUAAUACUGCAGGAGGAGUUACACACUGAAGUUUAAUUUAGUUUUUUUACGGGUUUGCUUAAAUCCCUAACCCUAAGUAUGAAUAUUAGUAAUAAUACAUGUAUUUUUUCCCUGCUCCACUUAUUAACUAAAUUGCGUUACUCAAUAACGAUUUGACAAAAUCAA